GAACCCGAACGGGAUCCUCUCACGAUAAUGCUUCGGAUAACUGAUAAGGCGUCGAGCCCGAGCGGGACCCUCUCACGAUAAUUCUUCGGAUAAGGCGGCGAACCCGAACGCGAGCUGUCGACGACGGCGAAAGCUGGCGAAGUAGAAGAAGCUGUAGAUCAAUGGCAGCGCUCAUCGCUCAUUUGAACCUCGCUCCUCCUCAUCCUCUUCUCUCUCCCAAAACCAAGCCCUCCUCUUCCAAAUGGCCAUUUUUCCUACCUCCACCUCAAUCCCGCUCUGCUACGAGAUCCGCGAGCGCAAGUUUUCACCCCGUUCAGUGCCCCGUGGACUCGCCGCCUCUAUCUCUGGGUGUAGGAAUUGGGCGGACGAGCGCCAUUGUCCUCCUUGCCGCCUCGCUCCUCAUCGCUGACCCCGCCUUCGCGUAUAAGGGCGGGGGUCCAUACGGAAUCGGGGUGACGAGGGGGCAGGACCUCAGCGGCAAAGACUUCAGCGGAAAGGUCCUCAUCAAACAGGACUUCAAGACGUCAAUCCUGAGGCAGGCCAAUUUCAAAGCUGCAAAGUUACUUGGGGCGAGCUUCUUCGAUGCCGAUCUGACAGGUGCCGAUCUCUCUGAUGCAGAUCUCAGAGGUGCAGAUUUUUCCUUGGCAAAUGUAACUAAGGCAAAUCUAAGUAAUGCGAAUCUUGAAGGUGCACUUACUACUGGCAAUACAUCUUUCAAAGGAUCUAAUAUCUAUGGAGCAGGGAGGGUUUAGUGUUGUGGAAAUGACAAGGUCUUUAUAUGCAUUGAAGGAUAGUUUGAUAAAGUCAGCUCCAUUCUUUUGAAGUAUAUCAUAUUACAAGUAUUUCAACUCACCUUUUACUCUAAGAAGCAUAUUCUUUCAUCGUUUAUAUAGAUGAUGAUAGAUAUCAUCAUUGUUAGCGAUGACACUAGGAAUCACUAAGGUGUUCCUUUAUUAGAACUUUGAAACCAAGAACUUGAAAGGUUUUUAGUAUUUGUUUUCGAGGGGAGAUAUUUGUAUAUCAUAAUGGAAAUAUAUGCUUGAGGAAGUUGCUAACCUAGCAAAGAGACAUUUGACAAAGAGACAUUAUUUAAUUCAAAUAUCAUAGAUUGGUUAGAAAAUUAAACUACCUUUACUGCCAUGAGACAUGGAUAUCUUAUUUGCUGAGUAUGAUUUUUUAGUCUUUUUUUUUUUUGAGGCUUCAUGUCAUAAUCACAAGGACUCUAGGAGGUGAUUAUAAGGAUUCAGUAUCUUAAAAGUGCUUUAGAAAAGGGACUCUUAUAUUAGGGCCAUGGUCAUCUUAUAUUGUAGGAUAUACACAUGUAGAUUGGGUAGGUACUCCAUUAACAAGUGAUCUGUAGCAAAGACUAUUAUGUUCUGCAAACGAAAGAGCAAUAAGCCAAUUCUUUGGUUAGGUCGAGUGUAGAAGCAUAAUACAGAUCAUGACUCUAACUACACGUGAAUUUAUCUGUCUUAGUUGGAUAACACUUAUACUAAGUUGGUGGUGAUAUUAUGGCAAUCAAAUUGUCGUGCACAUUGCUUCCAAUUCGACCUUUAAAAAGAUGAUGGAAGAUGGAACAGAGAGAUGUACUUGCUAAAGGAAAGUGUGCGACCCAAUGAGAUCAUUUCUCCUUUUCAUUUUGGGUUACAAAUUGUUCAAUUUGGGAAAGAUACUUGAUUGACCGUUUCUGAGAGCUCCUAAAAAUUUAUUCAUUUGUCACAGGGUUACAAUAGAUGCUGACCCUACCGGAAGAUAUGUUUUUGUCCCCAUUUCUCAGUUUGACUGCAGAACUGCCGUCUUGAAUUUGUCACGGCCUCUGUAUCUAAUGCUAAAUACUGAUUGCAUAUACAUAUUAAUCAGCCCAGAACUAUAAUUAAUUCCUCUUUUUUUUUU